AUGCUGAAAAUGAUCAUAGUCUGCCAUCUGACAGCUUUAAUAUUCACCACCGGUCUUCUUGUUCACUGCCCUCAGAGAGGUUUCGUCGGCAUUAACAUCGGCUACGACGAGCUCGAUAUCCACUCCAAUGGCGAACAUCAAGUGCAAGACUCGUGCAAUGCUGAUUGUUACUGCCAGAGCGAAUUCAAUCCGAUUUGUGAGCAAAGCACUGGUCAUAUGUACUUCUCUCCUUGUUACGCCGGAUGCAGGAGUAAAUCGGAACAGGGCGGCAAAACUGAGUGGACGGAUUGCCAGUGUCUGGAGACAAACUUCACCCACGGUUACGAAGAUCAUCAGCACGAUACGACCCUUCACGGAGGGUACUGCGAAAUUGAUUGCGGCUUCAAUAUCUAUAUACUUAUGGGCACUCUAUUCAUUACCGUAGUUGCCAGUUUCGCCUCAGGAAUACCUACACAGCAGGUGUUUUAA